GGUCCCUGCAGCCGCUGCCUGCUUCCCCCCCUCCCGCCCCGGCUCCCUUUCUCCUGGCGCUCCCAGGCCCCGAGCGGAGCCGCGGCGUCCCCUCCUUGCCCCUCUCCGAUGAUGGACAGGAACUAUCCUCCAGCCCCCAGCUACCCGGAUCCGCUAGCUUCGGUGGCCGCCGCCGCCGCGUCCUCCCAACCCACCACCGCCUGGGCCUACGAACGGGGCGCCAGCAGCCUCAAGCCCAGUUUAAGCUAUGGAGGAGGACCUCCAUCACACACAGAAGCAGAUCUUCUUCACAGACAAACAUUCACGGCUUCUCAUCAGCUUCCUGCAUACGCUACUGCCCCCCAUCCUGCUGGUCUCUCUGGAAUAUUUGAUAACACUAUGCAAAGUGGCAAUAGUAACACUAAAGAAACAUCAGUUAUGAAUUUUCUGUCUGCGAUUGAAUCCCGCAAUGCUCAGGCUGUUUCAUCAGGAACUACUCUCUUACCACAAUUCAGAACUCCAGCUUGGCAGCCAGGUCCACAUUCAUCAACUGAACUUUUUGUUACUGGAGCCCUACCAGCCUCUGGAACCUUUCCACCAGCUUCAGCUUACCAGCAUCCCAAUGCGUUCAGCAGUAGAAGCUUUGCAACUACUCCUUCUCUGACACUUCAGGAUGCAACUUUCAGUACAACAUCCAAUGGGCUUCUAACUGCUCAUGACCCUUUAUUGCAGAUCAAAACAUCCCAAGGUCCAGUUCCAACAGCACUGACAUUUGAACGCCUGGGGAGUUCUGUACUAAGUACCAGUGUGCCACCACAGUCUUCAACAUACCGCUCUGCUCAGGAAUCUGCACCCCAUCUCUUGCAGCCACAGUUUAGUUUAUUGUCUUCCUCGCUUGGAGGAGCUCAGCAGGCUCCACAGGUCUAUAGCUCAACCCUGUUUACUGGUUCUACUGCCUCUGUUGAAAGAGCACUGCAGCGAGAAUGUAGUGUCAUUAAACACCAUCAGCGGCCUUCAAGCACGCAGUCUGUUCAGGCACAAUUAACUGGUUCACAGCAUUCCCUACACAGUUUUUUAUCUAGUGCAACUGGAACUGAUUUUCAGGAUGCAUCUCGGCAGUCAUCGCUAUCUUGCAGCCCAGUUAGUGACGCUGCGCAAGUGAGCAAUGGUGGACCACAGCAGAAGACCUCUCAGGUUUCUGUGGAACUUACUCAGUCAUACACAUCAGCAGUUCCAUCACCGGGUUUCCCAUCUGUUUCCACUGCAAAGACAAAACAGUGUUCUACAAAGCAGCCACCAAGGUCAACAAAAACCCCUAAGCCACAGAGUGUAGCCCCAACUGUGCAAACACAGUCCUACUCAAAAACUGCACAGAGCCAGAAUUCAGUAAUAGCUGGCCAAGCACAAAUCUAUUCUACAGCACAGCUCCCAAGCCUUUUGUCAUUAAGCCAAUCACAAAAUUAUGCUUCAACACAGUCACAGAAUGUGCCAUCUAUCAGUCAUGCACAGGUGUUCUCAGCUAUCAAGCUUGAGAAGUUGGCACCGUUGUACAAAACACUUGCUUUUGGUGGGCAGUCACAAGCUAUUACUUCUGAAAGCCAAACACUAAGUUAUUCUUCAGAUGAACAGGUAUUAAGUUCAGUUUCAAGCGACAACUACUCUGGGCAAGCAAGAGAUCUUUCUUCAGACAGCCAAUCUCAGAAUUAUUCUUCUAGUCAUUCUCAGGGUUUAUCAGCAGUCAGCCAGUCAGUUAGCUAUUCAUCUCAAUCACAGAUUAUAUCAGAUAGUCCUUCAGAAACAUAUACAACAGGGCAGACUUUAACGUUAACUUCACCAUCACUUCCAUUUUCUUCCUCUUCUCAUAUUCAGAACUUGUCAGGCUCUAACCCUCCCCAGAAUUAUAUUUCUCUACAUUCUCAGGUACAAGAGUCAUCCUCUACGCAGUCUCAAAAGUUCUUGCCAGUCGUCCAGUCAACUCCUUUUGCAGUAUCAGCUGCAUCACAAGCAUUGCAUAACAGCAGAUCUUCUUCAGAUAUGAAGUCAUACAUUAAAAGGAAAUCUGACCCUAAUUUAUAUCAGACCUCUAAACAAGAUGAUCCAUUUCCUGUGCAAGAUCUGCAGGUACUGCAACAGCAGACAUCUCUUGAUUCCUCACCUCAAAGACUAAAUGAUGGUGAUGGUAAUGCUCAGGAUGCAGCUUUCAAAGUUUCCAAAGCAGAUAAUCGGUAUUCUCAAAGUGUAAUCAGAAGUAACUCUCGUCUUGAAGAUCAAGUUGUUGGGCUAACUCUUCAGGGGUCAAAAAAAGAUGAAAGAAUGGUCAGCACAUUGCCACAGCUUACCCAGCACAUUGGCCAUAUUACUAAUGUAGUAAGCCAUGAUAUUAAAAAGGCAGCUAAUGUACUUCCAGCUACUCAGAUAAACGUGGAUGGUAAAGAACUAAACCAGCAACAUUCUCUUCUACAUAAGGUACAUGAAAGUAAAGCCUCAGAGCACCAGAGCCAAGCUGUUAGCACAGCCCCACAGCUUCACACACAAGCCAUAAGACAUAGCCACCACUUGUGCUUGCCUAAUGCACAAGUACUUCUUGAACCUGCCUGUGAUUUACAAAUCCUUCAGCAGUCAAUACUGCAGCCUGGCUUAGGGCAGACAAAACUUUCUGCACAAGUUCAUCGCAUUCAGAAUUCACAGCAGAUGACUCACCAGUUCCUUCAGGUUGAUGGCCACAUGAUGCAGAGUAAUGGUGGACAUUCUCAGCAACUGCAUAAUCAAAACUCUGAAGUUUUGAAAAUGGGUAUUUCUGAGCCAUCAAAACCACUGCAGCAACAUUUGGUGUCAAAAGAAAACUUUGUGCACCCAAAUCAUGACUCUAAGAAUCAGUUUGUGUCUCUUAAUUCAGUAUGUUUUCCAGAGUCUAUGUUACUCGGUGAUGAAAGGAAUAUAUUGUCCAAUGUAGAUGAUAUUUUGGCAGCAACAGCUGCAGCUUGUGGUGUAACACCAUCUGAAUUUGCCAAAUCAUCAUCUAAUGAAGAAGAAAUGCAUUCAGUUGAAAAUGGAGACAAUUCUAAGUCUCAGUUCCAGACGAUAGAUGUCAGACACGUGAAUCCUGGUUUCAGUUCCUCACCAACAAUUGUAGGAAAGCCAAUGAGCAUAAACAAUAUAUCUUUGAACGGAGGCCAGAUUACUCUCAACCUAACAGCAGUGCCUACACAGGAGCCAGAAAGCAGAAGACUUGAUGAACAACACAGAGAGACUCCUGAUCCAUGCAUUCCAACUAGAAUUGCAACGUCAGAGCUUGAGCACAGGCAGGAACAGGUUUCUGGCGUAGUUAUGCAUCAGUCUAGCCCCAGUAAUGGCUCUGAAAAUAAGAAUAACAUUCAUAUAGAUGGUACACUAAAUGUAAAAGAUAUAGGCCUUGUUUCAAAUUGCAAGACUCUAAAUGAAGAGCAUGCAGGAUCAAGCAGGGAUUUUAACAUGCAGGGUGAAAAUACCGUGACAGGAGGUAAGGCUAAAGUUCUGUCACAUCCAUUAUCUGUGCAGCACCUAGGAGAUGAAAAUGGUAACCGAGCUGAUAAUGAGAGCCCAGAUUUAUCACAAGAGGACCUUCAGAAGCAGAAAAAUAUAGGACAAAAUCAAAUUAAAAAUACCAGUGAGGAUGACACAAAUCAGAAACAAGUGAAGCGUAGUGGACAGUGUAAACGUCAGAACUCCAGAGGAACGGAUGCUAAUUUGCCAUAUUCUCCUGCUCCUGAAAGCUGUCAUGAAACCUACCAACAUCAUGAAAAGAUGAGGCAGAAAAUCAAAGAAGUGGAAGAAAAACAACCAGAAGUGAGAACAGGAUUCAUUGCGUCAUUUUUGGAUUUCCUGAAGUCUGGACCCAGACAACAGUUUUCAGCUCCAGCAGUCCGGGGACCUAAUCGUGUGAGGAGACCUGUUACCCUGAUUGCUAGAGCGACGUGUCCUCAUCUGCUGUCCAGCUCUCAGGCUCCAGCUGCUUCUCCAUCUGUUGAGGGCUAUGUUCAAAGUUCAGAUAAAAAGGGUGAUGGAGAACCCAAGAGAAACUCAGAAGCAUUGCCCUCAUUUUCUUCUGAUGAAGAUUCGGUAGGUGGCAACCAGGAUCUUCAAAAGAGCAUCACAUCUGCAUUGUCAACUUUAGAUGAUACUUCUGAUAAAAAGAAGAAACCAGAAGUAGAGAGGACUGUUUGUAAAGCUACCACCAAUACUGUUGUAAAGAAGGAUUCUUCAAAGUCUGAUAUUACUGGAGAAGAUGAAAAGGUGAAAAGCUGUUUAUCACAACCUGAAAAGGAGAGCAUGGUUACAGACCAGGUAGCAAAAAUACAGGCAACUGUCGCAGUAGAAGGAUAUGUUGAGGAUGACAGUGGAGACAGCGGAGGCGAAGGCAUGUACCGAGAACGUGAUGAAUUUGUUGUGAAAAUUGAAGAUAUAGAAUCCCUAAAGACUGCUUUGAAAACAGGAACAGAGCCUCCAGCCAUUUGGAAAGUUCAAAAAGCUUUGUUGCAAAAGUUUGUUCCUGAAGUUAGAGAUGGACAGAGAGAGUUUGCAGCUACUAACAGCUAUCUCGGGUAUUUUGGGGAUGCAAAAUCAAAAUACAAACGGGUGUAUGUGAAGUUCAUAGAAAAUGCAAACAAGAAAGAGUACGUCAGAGUGUGUUCCAAGAGGCCAAGAAAUAAACCUGUGCAGUCUGUGAGAACUGUUCACUGUAAGCCAAGCACUAGCAUCAGCAACCUUCCUGAUCCCCCAGUGCCAAAAACUACUACUACUACAGCAACAGCAAAAGUUUCUUCAGUGAAGCCCAAAGCUAAACAGCCAAAGAUAAAGGCUGAGCCACCACCAAAGAAACGGAAAACAUGGAAAGAAGAAUUCCCCACUACUCCACAGCAUCAGAGUAAUGAAGAAGGUAAACAGCACCACUUCAAAAACAGUGGACCUCCAGCUCCUGUUGCUACUCGUUUUUUGAACACCAGGGCUAUGAAGGAAACAUUUAGGAGUUACAUGGAACUGCUUGUUAGCAUUGCCUUGGACCCAGAUACAAUGCUGGCACUGGAGAAGAGUAAUGAUGAGCUGCUUUUACCACAUAUGAGAAAAAUUGAUGGCAUGCUGAAUGACAGUAGAAAAAGGCUGCUCUCCAAAUUACAUUUAGAACGCUCAUUCAAGGCUGCUUUGGAAAGCUUCCCUGAACUGACAAUAAUCACUCGUGAUUCUAAGUCAAAAACAGGUGUGAAUGCAGUUUCUAAAAUCAAAAUGAAUGGGAAAGCUUACAACAAGAAAACAUUGAAGAUUUCUAAAGCAAGCACAAAAUUAGCACAGGAAUUUGCUGUUGAUCCAGAAAAAAUACCAUUAUGUUCCUUAUAUCAUUCACUUCAUCAUUACAAAUACCACAUGUUUCUAAGGUGUAAAGUAGAGAUUUCUUCUGUUCAAAAGAAGAAUGCAGAUCUAGGCCAGGAGGAGAUUGUACAACAGUGCAUGAAAAACAUAAAAUGGGUAGAAGAACUCUUUGAGAAGUUUGGUGAACUUCUGAAUCAUGUACAGCAGAAGUGUUCAUAACAAACAAUCCCCACCUUCACAGUUUUUUCUAUCAAAUUUAUUUUUUAAAAAAGCAGAAAGGUCAAAGAAGCUCUGGUUAGGAUGAUCAUGCUAGACUCUAUUCUCAGUCUGAAAGAUUCAUGGUGUUCUUGGUUUCUUAUAUGGAAAAGUUACGCUGCCAUGCAUAUGGAACUGCACAUGAACCUCACUGCAUUUUUAACCUGAAGAAUGGCUUUUUUUCUAUUUUGUAAACUCUUGUAUUGAAAUAACUUAGGUUUAUUUUUGACAAAUGAUCAAAGCAUGCACUAAAUAUAUAUAUAUAUAUUUGGCUAUGAUGAAAAUAACACUUUUAAGUAUCAUGGCUUUUUUUGACUCUGAAGACUAGGAAGAGUCUGGGUGGUAAAUAGAUAUUUACAUUUUCUGACUUAUCAAGUACAGUCAUGAACAUUUUGCAAAGAGCUUGUGUGACAAGAAAUUCUGUAUAUAAAUAAUCAUCACAAAUUCUGCUUUAUGGACUUCUUUUACUGCUGUUAUGUUCAGGAGACUGGACAUGGAGUUGGUGCAAUCCUAUGACUGCUAUUUUGAGUCAGAUUCUAUUGUAAUGAAAAACAAUGACCUUAACUAUUUUCCCUGUUUUUUGAAGAAAAACAUAUUUUCCUUUAUGCUGUGCUCCCCUCCCCCUUUGGAAAGAAAUCAUUUGUACAUUUUAUCUCACUAAUAGUUGUAUUUUUCAGAGAAAAUAUUGUGGCUUAAAACUGUUUCAUGUUUCUUUGUAAUACACUUCCCUUUGUUUUCAGUAAAUCCUGUUCAUUUUAUAUAUUAAUUUUGUAUUGUAAACCGAAUAAUCCUUGAGAUAAUCCUUUUGUUUAUACAGGUUUGUUUCAGUGUUAAUCAGGAAUAAGACAUACAAGACUUUAUAAAUUUGCUUUAGAAGGAUAGUUGUGUUUAAACACUGCAUUUAAUUUUCCAAUACAUGAAAAUAAACUUUCUAUUAAGUGGCUUGAUUGAUUGAAAACUUCCAGUGAACAGCUAUUACAUUUGUCUUCUGCACAAUGAAGAUAGAUGAUUGAAUAAACUAUAUGCAGUGUUAGACACAGCUGGCAUUAAUGUUUUUAGAACUGGUAGUGGCAGCACUGUUUCUUCUUGGUGCCUUCUCAAACCCUCAGAUGUAUUUCUGUAGUUCUUUUUCUGCAAUAGGACCAGUAGUCAUACUGAGACUACACUUAUGUUAAGGGCAAUUCAGCAGGAAUUUUUUUUCAUUUUGUGAACAGAAUGCCUUACCUCAGUCACUGAUUCAAAAUAUACAAGUUUUCUAUUUGGAUUUGUGAAAAGACUUCCAUCAGAUAAUAUAUAUAUAAAUAAUUCAACUGUUCUGUCAACUGCCACUUAGUGCCUUAAUUUCAGCCAAGAAAACAGGAUUCCUCAUUCACUAACUGACCAGGAUAUUCUUGUAUGUAGCAAGGUGUGUUUUCCUUAGUUGUACAUAUUGUCAUUGCACCUUAGAACUGUAAAGUAUAAUGAAGGGCUGUGAUCAUGAGCAAUUAAACUAGGUUUUGAAAAUAUCAAAGGAAAACAUUUUUUUAUUUUGAUGUUUCUUGCAUAUUCUGUAUUUCAAAAAAAUACAUAUAUGUUUCUUAUGUUGUAUGUGUUACUCCUCACAUCAUUUCUCUGAGGGGAGGAUAGACUCAAUGAAAUUUUUGGUAACUUUCUCUGUUGGUAUUUGUCUUAAGAUUUGUUCAUUCUGCACCUGCUCUGAAAAAAAAGUUUAUUAUUGUGACCGUACAUGUGCUCUAUGUACUUCUGCUGUUUAAAAGGUGUAGAACAAGGAUGGAGAACAUGCAUAUUCACAGACACAAUGUUCUAACUCCUGUCACCCCUUGCUGAUGGGAGUUGCGGUUUCAUAAUAAUAUCAGGAGGGCUGUAUGUUUCCCAUCUCUGGCCUAGAUACAGUAUGUGCAGUGUUUGAGCUGCAUCUUGAUCCUUAGCUAGAAAAAGCUAAGACAUUAUCCCUCUGCCUGCAAGGAAGAAGCCAAUAUUGCUGAAUUUAUUUUGGAAAUCUCAGUAUAUACACAUUUCCUGAAAAUAUAUGUAAAUUUUUACCUUGUGCUCAUACUUUAAAGCUACAGUUCAGUGAGGCUUAUUUUUCAGUCGACAUGUACCAGAGUGCACUAUAAGAGUACUUUAUGUAUUAGAAUAUUAGAACAUUUAUAGAUAUGUAUAUAUUUCUUGGUUUAUCAUGCAAGUAACCUGUUCAUUUGAAAGAGAACAUGGAAGGGGGAUAUAUCUGCUGGAACUGUUUCAGAAGACAUCAGAAGAAUAUAUUAUUUAUCUCAAUACAAGCUGGUGAAUAUAAUGUACUUCCAUGAAACAUACAUAACAUGAAUAGGAUUGGCUUAAUAAUGUCAAAUAAGCUAGAACAUAAUCAUAAUCCCUAGGAGACAGCAGUCAAAGAACACAAGUAAGUGUGAGACAAUUUAAAUGCGAAGUUCCUUUUAUUCAGUAAGUGAAAAUUGCUGCCAAAUCCCCAAACUUAGUUUGUCAAGUAAUUAUCUUUUUGAGAUGUGUAUUGAUGUCACUGAACAAAAAGAGCUAGGGAAUGUAUUCUGCAUGUAAUGUAGUUUUAGGAUACAGUCCUCUAACUAUUUGCAUCAGAAUAAAUCUCAUUGUAAUUGUGCAGGUUUACCUCUGAGUAGGUAUGCAAAGGAUUGCAUUGUCAGCUUUCUAUUUCAUUCCUUGGGUAAGUAGAUGGCAAUAUGGAAGGGGGAUAUUAAGUAAACUGCAUAGGAAACUCUUUGGAACUACUGAAGCAAAAAGCAAAAUGUGCUGCUUAUAUACCGCCCCAUAGUGCUUCAAGCAGUCUCUGGGCAGUUUACAAGUUAAUUAUGCAGACUACACAUUCUCCCCCCCCCCCAGCAAGCUGGGUACUCAAGACAAGUAUUUUGCUUCAUGUACCUGUGUUCAGGGGCUCAAGGGACGUGGUGGCGCUGCGGGUUAAACCGCAGAAGCCUCUGUUGCAAGGU